AUGGCAAGAGGUGCAGGUGGUGAAUCUAUUAUGAGUAACAAUGAAGGGUAUCAAAGGAGAGGGCAGAACUUGUCUGGGGAUGAGCUUGGAGGAAGGGAUCAAAGCAAAAGACAGAUGAAACAUUCCGUCACCGAGGAUUAUGUUUCUCGUGGGACCCACCUGCGAUGGUUGUCUGAAAUUAGCUGCAAAGCUCGUAGGUCACGCCACGUUUCGCGCGUUCAUUGGGUUCUAUAUCCUCAGAAACACGUGGAAUUUUCCUAA